AUGGAUCCUAACGGCGGAUUUGUUUAUGUUUCGGCCCUCACUCCACAGAACCCAAGUGCACUUAUACAAACUCCGAAUACCCUUCUGAAUAUCGACCAGCCUGUGCGUUUGGUCCUUGGACUCGCGUUGGGGACUGAGGACAGCGUUCGCAACUUAUCUCAGAGUCUAAAGCCGCAGGUGGAGGCAGCACACAUGACUACCAAGAUUACCUUGGCGGAGCGUAUUCUUGAAGAUUUAUGCAACUUCACAUUGAGCUACGCGCGCAGCAUAAAGCCUGGAGAAUUACCCUCUGAGCUCAUUACUGCUAACGAGGAGUAUAUAUUAAUGCCUGCAUCUUUUGUGACAAAAUGGAAGGAACGAGUAAUGACGAAGCUGAAAAAGGACGAAAGCUUUUGGAAUUAA